AUGGGAAGACUUUUGCCGAGGAUCUCGAGCUGGGCUGCACUCACCCUAUGCGCUGAUGGCAUCGUUCGAUCAGCCGGAGAUCAGUGCAGCACCAUCUGUGAUUUGAUCAAGGCCGAGGUGUCAUCGUCGGAAGCUUGUGCAAAAUCUAGGAGAAGCCUGCCUCGCCCCAAGAUCGGCCGGGUUUGCCAGGAAGGCUUUGAUGAGGCCUUCAACCUCACCUGCAGCGAGCUUUGUUCCUUUCAUGGGACGAGUCGACUUGUUCCAAGUCACCUUGGCGGCGCAUGCGAUAAACGGAAACGGGAGGUGCCAAGGCCUGCCGUUCACAAGGCAUGCGUGGAUGGCUUCAAUGCAGGCCUAGCAGCGACGACUACAUUGGUCACCAAGCGCAUAGAAUCCAUGGACGACGACGCGAGGAAUAGCUUCAUGGACAACAACGCCAACCUGCUUAAGGAGGCUGACGCCGAGCGUGACACUUCAGAAGAAGUUGCGAAAGCAAGGGACGCCCAACAAGUACAGCAGAGAGAGGAAGCGCAGGAGAGAGCGCGAAAAGCUUUCGAAGAGAAAUCGGCAGAAGUCAAGCGCGAGAAGGAGGCCUUAUCGAAGAAGCAGGAGCUUGAAACGGCCAGGGCAGCGGAGGAAGCCGAACAAAGCCGAAAACAAGCGGAACAGGAAAGACAGGAGCGAAUCAAAGCUGAAGACCCAAAGGAAACGAAGGAAGACACAGGCGUCGAUAGCAGCGCUGCAACUACCGCCGGCAGUGGAACUGCUGCAGCGCACCCAAGGCCGCAGAGGAUAGUUGCCGGGGAGACGAGAACGGAUGCCCCAAUCUCUGGUGUGCAAGAUUCCUCUGGUGCAGGAGCCGGCGGAGCGCACUACCCGGAGCUACCCUGGGCGGUGCAAGCCAUGGAGGUCGAAGCGGAGAAAGCAUGGGUGCCUGCCGAGGAAAGGGGAGUAGAAAGCAGGGAAGGCGCGGAAGCGACUCCUACCGGUGAAAUGCCCGAGGAGGCUCUUGCACCUGGACAACGCACUCAGGGGUUGCAGUCUGCGCUCGAAGACUACAACACACACGAGGUCAAUGCUUUGCCAGCGGUGGUGGUGGAAAAGGAAGCCUACGCCGGUUUAAAAGAUGAGCGCACCAUCGAAGUCCGGAAUGACCCAACGUAUCGAGACAUGGCGGAGAGCGUGAAGGGCUUGGAGGUUCCACUGACAAAGGAGCGUGCAUCAAGCGAAGCGGUCGACGGCCAAGCCGGCUUGGAACUAGACCUUGAGCGAGAUGCCACCUCGGAGGAUGACGCCGCCAUAGCACCGUCAAACGACCGCCGGCAACAAAAUAUACGAAUGACGGAGCGCGUAAAGGGAUUAGAGUUUCCACUGGCACAGGAAGGUGCCCCAAGCGAAGCGCUCGACGGCCAAGCCGGUUCGGAAGCAGACCUUGAGCGAGAUGCCACCUCGGAGGAUAGCGCCGGCAUCGAACUCCCAAACAACGGCCGGCACCAAAAAGAAGCGUCAGCAACAGGAGCAGUUCUAGCGAAACAGGGUGCUCUUGAUGACGGCUUGAAAUAUACUGGUGGUGCUUUCCAGAAAUCUCGUGAGUACCCUGAGGCACUCAGUGCUGAGAACGUCGAGGACUCUGAAUUAUCAUUGGUGGAACAGAAUGACCCGCCGCGCGAGAGGCUUGGUAAAGGAGAAGCAGCGACAGAGACGGGUUUAGACGCCGGGUCAGAAAACAGCGCCAUCACAAACCUUGCGAACGACCGCGUUUCUCUACAAGCCUUCAUCGAGGAGCACGUUCAGGGCUCUGAAACACCGUUGGAACGGCAAAGUGGACCGGCAAACAAUUUUGAUGAUCCAGACGAUGAAUCGGCAAUGGCGGAGAAUGGGACAAAAUCUGGUUCAGAGGAUACCCUUGAACCCAUCUAUCACGAGGGGCUCAUUGCCUAA